AUGUCUAAAUACGGGGUAUCCACUAAAUUCUGUCAAUUGUUGGGAUUAAAAGUGCCGUUGAUUCAGUCCCCAAUGGCUGGAGCUUCUACGCCUAGAAUGGCUUCUGAGGUUAACAAAAACGGGGGCUUAGGAUCCAUCCCAUUGGGAUCGAUUGAUCUUAGGAAGGGAAUCGACGAGAUGAGAAAAGAAGUCUCUGAAUUUAUAAACUUGACUCCAAAUGAUCCAACUUUGGUGAAUCUUAACUUUUUUUGUCACGAAAUUGUCAAUGAAGCCUCAGCAACCCAACAAAACAAUUGGUGGGAGUUGUAUUCUGAAGCUGUUCCCUCAAUUAGGGAAUUAAGAGAGAAUUCUACUUCUAAAGUUUCAUUUGAAAAUGGAAGCUGCUCUUUCAGGGAAAUUGAACAAAAAUAUCCAAGUAUUCUUCUGGAUGUUUUCGGAUACUUGAAGGAAGUACAACCUAAAGUUGUGAGCUUUCAUUUUGGAAUCCCUUCAAAAGAGACCAUAAUACGACUUCAAAAGAUGGGUAUUCUUGUUUUUCUAAGCGUUACUUCAGUUGAUGAAGCAAGAGCUGCAGCGCAAGCUAAUAUUGAUGGGCUCGUAUGUCAAGGGUACGAGGCAGGGGGCCAUAGAGGGAACUUUUUAAGCACAGAAAAUCUGGAUAAAAAAUUGUCUACUCUUUCGUUAUUUACCCAAAUUCAAUCAAUUGGUUUGAAACACGAAGACAGAGAAGUGUUUGUCAUCCCAGCAGGUGGGAUAACUGACGGGAAAACCAUUGAUAAUUAUUUGAAGUUAGGUGCAGCGGCAGUCCAGAUGGGAACCUUGUUUUUAGCAACUCCCGAAUCAAAGACAAAUCAAUUUUACCGAGAUGAAUUGGAACGAGAUGCACAGCUGGAUACAGUAAUGACUUCGUUAGUCUCAGGAAAACGCGCCAGGGCAAUUAAAACGCCGUUUUUGAGCAAAUUGAUUGAUACUCAAAGAGUGAAGGUGUAUCAAUUACCACCCUAUGGCCUGAUGUACAACGCCUUCAAGGAUUUGAAGGGAUUAGUGAAGGAUCAGGAUUUAGGCGUAUACUUCGCUAGUGACAAGUACCCUUCGAUAAAGUCCGGUUUAACCACUUGUGAAGUUGUUAGAGAGUUGAGCAAAGACCUCUAA